CUUUUACAUGUGAUGGUGGAGAGUCCGACUACCCCGCGGUGGGCACCACGGACCACGUGGGGUCGCGACUGCCCGCCAUCGCGUCAUUGCUCCAAAAAGUUUUGAACCUCGUGAAGCACUUCAAUCACACCAAAUUCAUCAUGUCGGCCAAUUCUCACGAUGCAGAAGCCCUCAUUCGCUCCGAAGAUCCACACCACCCUGCAAACCACAUCUGCACGCUUUGCGCGCACUUCUACACCUUAGGAUGGGUCACAGGUACAGGAGGAGGAACCAGCAUUCGCCAUGAAGACAAGAUCUACAUUGCACCCAGCGGUGUGCAGAAAGAGCUCAUGAAGCCAACGGACAUGUUCGUGAUGGACUUCAACAGCAAGGAAUACCUCCGGAGACCACAGGUUCUUAAACCCUCCGCCUGCACUCCCCUCUUCAUGGCUGCCUUCGAGCGUGGCGCUGGCUGCUGCAUACACACACACUCGCAGUGGGCUGUCCUUGUCACGCUGCUCGUCGAACGCGACUUUGGCAAAGAUGCUUGUUUUGAAAUUGAGGAGAUCGAGCAGAUCAAGGGCAUCCCAAAGGGGCGUGGCAAGCAGGGCAAUCUGGGGUACUACGAUAGGUUGAGGAUACCGAUCAUUGAGAACACCGCGCACGAGGAGGAUUUGAGGGAGAGUUUGGAGGAGGCGAUGGAGAAGUACCCAGAUUCAUACGCGAUCUUGGUCAGGAGACACGGGAUAUACGUCUGGGGCGAUAACGUCCACAAGGCGAAGACUCAGUGCGAAAGCAUUGAUUACAUUCUGCAGCUGGCUGUUGAGAUGCACAAGUUGGGUCUGAAGUGGACAAAGUAAGGAGAUAAGCGUCGACUACGUGCGGAUUUCCACUAGGAACACGGAGGAUCAAUGACUACAAUCCUUGUUGGUUGUUCCAGCCAGAUCUACUUUUGACCAUGUGUAGCGAGUGGUGUGACUCAAGGCAUCCAGGCAACUGUUGGAAACGAAUGCGAAGUACAGUACAGCUAAAACGUGAUCUCGCGUGUGGCACGCGCAACCCCGACGCGCCUGGUUGGCUGCGACCGAG